AUGUCUAAUUCUGAGGCUUUUAUUUCGACCCCCUGUUUCCGACGGCCCUUAUUUCCCCAUUCAGUUACAGCAUGCAGUGAUCCUAGUUUAUCGCCAGAUUCUCAAGACCAGCUACAGGAUGAUGUCAAGGAUGGGGAAAUCGCGAACUUAUCGGACAAAGAAACGGGUAACAAUGAAAACGAUGACCAGAACCUCGGAGGCAAGCGGAGAGGACCGCGUACCACCAUUAAAGCAAAGCAACUGGAGACACUGAAAGCGGCGUUCGCGGCGACCCCCAAACCAACCAGACACAUCAGGGAGCAACUGGCGCAGGAAACGGGGCUCAACAUGCGAGUUAUUCAGGUAUGGUUUCAGAACCGGCGGUCCAAAGAGCGGCGCAUGAAACAGCUGAGCGCGCUCGGCGCGAGGAGACACGCGUUCUUCCGGAGUCCGAGAAGAAUGCGAACGCUCGUGGACAGACUCGAGCCUGGAGAAUUAAUUCCAACCGGCCCGUUUUCAUAUUAUGGAGAUUAUCAAAGCGAGUACUACGGUCCGGGAGGGAAUUACGACUUCUUUCCCCAAGGCCCCCCAUCUUCGCAGGCCCAGACUCCUGUAGAUCUCCCUUUUGUUCCAUCGUCAGGACCCACCGGUACCCCGCUAGGGGGCAUGGACCAUCCUAUCCCAGGCCACCAUCCGUCCAGUGAAGUACAGCGCUUUUCAGACAUCAUGUCUCAUCACCCAGGAGACUCACCCAGUCCAGAGCCAGGGAUACCUGGACCCCUGCACAGUAUGUCCUCAGAUGUUUUUGGACCCAGCCCGUCCUUUACAUCCCUCUCCCUCAACGGCAGCGGAUACAGCAACCACCUCUCCCACCCUUCAUCAGAAAUGAAUGAGGGCACGGUCUGGUAGCUUCUGUGAACGGACAUUUCGGCAGAGAAAAAUUACGAUAAACACAGGAAGGAGGGAGGGUGGGAACAGGGACACUGGCUGCACAUUCUGGUUCUCGUUUUUGUCUUUUCUCCCCCGUUUUUCCAUGUCAUAAAUGUGGUGGGACAGCUCACAGAGAGAGCAGCAGAGGGCAGCAUGGGUAUUGACAUUUACCUUCUUGAACUUGUUGUGUUGAUGUUCCGUUUCCUUCUUUCUUUCUUUAUCCUAAGUCCGAACUCAAGAAGAGAAUUGAUACUGUUGACCUGGGCGCUGUAUGAACUCAGCUAUGAGGCCCAGCGUAGCAGCGACCCUCCAGAAGCUCAACGUUUGUACCACCGGUUAUACCGCCGCUCUAAAAACAGCGAUUGCGACACAUUAACAGCGUCAGCUACCGUCAAAGACUUGUCAGCUUUACAGAGAAACACCCAAGGCGGCUGAUCUAACGCUAACCUGCAAUGUUGACUCCAGGAAAGAUCUAAGCCGUCAGACUAAUUUAUUUAUUUGAAAACUCCUCAGACCUCCUUGCCUUUCAAGGCUCUGCCAUACUGACACUUAAACAACCUUUUCGACACUAAAUAUGUUUCUGAAGGCCAGGGUGAAAAAGCUUUUUUUUCUCGUUCUGGACAUAUCCUGUUUGUUUUUUUCCCAAGAAUUCCACCAAAUCUGAAGAAGUUAGCCUUCAAAAGGCAAAGUGUUAAAAUGUGUAUGGAUGGUGAACCCUUUAUUUAAUGGAAGAGAACUUGAAAUGUUGAUAAAUGAAGUCUACCUUCUCAAAUUAUUUUAACAAGGGUCUGAAAGGGACAUAGAACAGUCAACUGUUUACGUAAUAUAUUUAAUUCAGGAGUUAAAAGUAUCAACCAUGAUUUAGAACCUCUUGAUCCAGAAAAAAUGUUCCAAGCAACCAACCAAACUUUUGUAUUGAUUUUAUUUAUAUUGUAUGAAGAAAACAAGUUUGCUGGGGUUGUGGUUCACUGUGCUAGUUUGUACAAAAUGUUGUUUACAAAAAAACCUGGAAAAAAGAAAAAAAAAUCAAGUAGACAGUUGCCAAAUAAAAACAUAGCACAAAUACUGUAAAAGUGCUUUGCACCAUUAUCUGCAGAACGUGUUGAAACAAAGUGUAAGUGUUUAAAAAACAAUGAGAAGUAUUGACUUCUUAAUUUUUUUAGUCUGCUGAAAAAAACAUUCAUAAAUUGUUAAUAUAACAUACUUAGACCUACAAGUUUUAUUUUUGUGUCUUUAAAGGAAAAUCCAAACUAUUGAAAUUGAUGGUCAAAUGUGCAGCAAGCAGCUGCUACUUUCUUUAAAUAUCAAAUUCUCAUGGUAUGUCUUUUAUUGUUCUAAUAAACCUAAGCUUACGUGAC